CUCGGCUAUCCGUCUUGCACGAGCUGUAGGAGUUCUCUAGGUCAUCACUCAACAUGAAGGCUGUAUUCGCCAUCUCCUUGUUGCUGGUCGUCUUCGUGGCUGCAGCUUCUGCCCAUCACAUGGAGCUGUGUGGUAAGAGCCAUCCCGAGCUGGACAGGGAGCUGCAAUGUAUUACGCGACGCAUAUCUAGACGCACUCACCAAGCUUUUGCCCAUGCCGUGUGGAUGUUGCGAUGCCCUACCUAUGCCUGUGCAAUAAUGAGGAUGUGCUCGUAUAAUGACCUGGAGGGAGCCAUGGCCUAUUUCUUUACUCAAUUCCAGAUCAGGCAAAUUCACAAUGCGGCUACAGCGUGUGAUCGCAGUGCCCAUGAAGGCAGCGGCUGGCAGCCAAGGUGGUGGCAGGCCCUGUUCCCUGGGUAUGGCUCUUGGUCUAACCCUUCCCAAAACUGGUUUUGAAGAGACACAGUUGCCUAUGGAGAACUGUGGGUGUCAGUGUGAAAACAAAAUAGCAAAAUAAACAUUGUGUGGCCUCUUUACCAACUUCA